AUGGCGUCUGCGACGCACAACCCGUAUCCUCGAUCUCCCAACCCCUCGGUGCGGCCCUACAACUCGUCCCUCGCCGCCUCAGCCUCUUCACCCAAGCCGACCGAACAGUACAUGGGCGGCCUGAUGAGGUCAGGUGCGAGCAACGCCACCCCGAACGCGAGACCGAACCAGGCGCCGCUUCACGCCAUAGGUAUCCCACCACCGCUCCCCUCGGUCCACCAGCUUCCCCCGAACUCUUUCCAGUCCUACACGCCCCUCACGUCUAGCUCAUCCAUGAUGGAACGGGAGUCGCUGCCGUCGGGUGAGUCGGUAGCUGGGACGCCUCGGGCGCAUCACGCCAACCUACCGUCCAACAGCAGCACCUCCCAGGCACAGAAGCGAGCUUACCGGCAGCGGAGGAAGGAUCCCAGCUGCGACGCGUGUCGUGAGAGGAAGGUCAAGUGCGACGCAACCGAGACCACCAGCUGUUCCGAAUGUUCGAGCCGGGGCGUCAAGUGCCAGUUCACCAAGGAGACCAACCGCCGCAUGUCGUCCAUCAAGCAAGUGCAGGACCUCGAGAAGCAGAUGGAACGGAUCCGGCGCGAGAACCACAGCCUCCGCCGCAUGCUGCAGGAACGCGACGGCCGCCAAUUUGAUAUGGAUGUAGACGGCGUCGAGCAGCUGCCGCUCCUGCUCCCGGAGAUCAACCAGCAACCGAAGCGGAAGAAGAGGCCGACGGGCGUCCAGGACCUUGCUAGGGCGAGGUCGAACCUGAGGACCUACUCGCGGGGGAUAUGGAAGCCGCCCGCCCCCUAUCGACAGUCUGCGGCACCCGAGCUGCGAGAUUUCCAACAGCUCUUGCCACCACGACAAACCACCGAGGCGCUGCUGCGGUCCUAUUACACGUCGACGCACUCCGUGACACCUAUCCUACACUGGAAUACGCUGACGCAGACGGUUGACGGCCUGUACCGGCCCGGGAACCCGCUACGCGCAUCCCAGGCCUUCAUGUCUGUCUUCUUCGCUGUCUUGACGGUAGGCCGGCUUUUCAUGGCAGAGAACGACUUGAACCGCGCAUACUCGGCCACCCAGCUGCUCGAGACGACACGGACACUGAUCGACCCAUGGAGCGAUGAUUAUGAGCUGGACAACGCACGUGCGCUCGUGCUGGUCACCAUGGCCUUGAACGAGCUGAACCUGAAGUCGGCGGCGUGCAGCUGGCUGGGACGUGCGGUCAGGGUGGCCCAGGAUUUGGGCCUCUACACCGAGCCGGGGACGGCAUCUUUUGUCGAAGCCGAGAUGCGCAGGAGGACGUGGUGGACGAUCUAUAUCCUCGACCGGAGCCUAGCAAUCGAAAUGGGGAGGCCCAUGCUUAUCGACGACUCGGACUGUGAUGUCCUUCUACCAGCCGCCAUCGACGAUCAUCACCUAUCGGACCGCGGCCAGAGGCUCCCGGAUGGUGCUGAAGGGCUCACGCAUUCGCUCCUCGCUGUGGUCAACGUUGUGCGUUCGUACACGGCGCUGAACAGGGCGCUCGCCUCGCCUGUCAUCGCACCCACCCGCCUCGCGACCUUCGAUCAGCAUUUUAUUUUGUGCCGGCGCGCAUUCCCGCCGGCCUGCCAGCACACGAGCACUGUAUCUCUGAUGCCCUCCUUUUUGAAUCCCUUGACCUACCUCCUCCACGCCCGGCUCCUCCUUCAUCGGCACAAUCUCCUUCCGUCAUGUCCACCCGACGUCCGCUUGGCGGCCACCGAGCAAUGUAUGAACACGGCGCUCGAAACCGCGGCCCUCCUCGCGCGUACACCGAUCGCCUCGAUUGCCGAGGGCGCCACCGCGCUCCUCACCACCCAUACCUUCCGCUGCACCCUCUUCCUGCUCCUCACGGGCUACUUCGAACAAGCAUCCGCAUGUAUCCGUGCCCUGGCCGCCAUCAACAACCACCGCGAUGUUGCAGUGUCCUGCGGCCGGUACCUCGACUUCUUCGUCUCUGCGCUAGCCUCCCGCCGGGCCGAGAUCGUCGCGUACCUCUCGCAGGCUCCUUCACCCAGCCACCCUCCGUCGCCCUACGGCCCGCCGCCGCCACCCCAGCGCCCUUCCCCCGCAGCGGUCAACGAGGCCCUCUUGCGCGACGAGGAGCUGCUCGCAUACGUCAGUGCCGACUUACAGGCGGGGAUGGAGACGGCGUGGGUGUGGACGGGCAGCAGCGAUCGCGAAGUGUCAGCGCCCGUAACGGUGUCUGGGAAACCCGGCUUGUCCGGCACGGAGGCGCGAUCCAGUCUGACGAGCGAGGAGAGGUGGGACUGGGGGCCGGGCGCGGAGGGCUGGGAGCGGCUGGAGAGCUCCUUGAGAAGGUUUGCGACCGGCGAGAUCGCAGGCACGUCGCCGACGUCGGCGGCGCCGAACACGAAACCACCACAGCAGCACCAGCACCAGCACCAACAACAGCACCCACAUCCUCACCAACAUCAGCACCAAUCCCCGCAUCACCACCACCAACAUCUACAUCCGCACCACCAUCAGCAGCAACCACCGCACCCGCAACAGCAGCAACCACCGCACCCGCAACAGCAGCAACCACCGCACCCGCAACAGCAGCAACCACCGCACCCGCAACAGCAGCAACCACCGCACCCGCAACAGCAGCACCAAGCGUGGAACACCUCCGCCCCCGCGCCGCCACCUCUCCCGCCCGUCUUGGCACCACACCCCCAGCACCAGCACCCACACCAACAUGCGCACCAACAUCAACACCACCACCAGCAACAGCAGCAGGAGAGGGGGAUCAAGAUGGAGAUGGGCGGGCACGACGCGCGGGUGGAGAUGGCGACGUUGCCGCCGAUGGUGGCGCCGGGGUCGGGGCCGGGGCCGGGUUCGAGACUGGGUCAAGGGGGGUCGCCCAUGUCGGGGAGCCCGACGGCUGCGGGGAGUGGGAAGAGUAAGAAUGAGGAGAGGAUUAGUAUUGCGAAUAUUAUUUGA